GACCAGUGAGCAUCUUGAACCUUUGAGAAUAUCCAAAAAAAAAAUAACACAUCUCUGUUCAUACUUGCGCCUGUCGAUAAGCAUUGGAUAGAGGCCAAAAUAUCGCUGGAAUGGCUGUUGCACCCGAGAUUGUGGUUGGGACCACUGUUGCAUGCUCUUUCAUCCUGUUUGGAAAUGCGAUCACCCAAUCAUUCAUGGGCGUCCCGGCUUUACUUGUGGAUUUCCCACCGCCAUCUUCUCCCGAUCAUGCCGCAAGAGCGCGCUUACUCGGAAGGCAGUGGCCGACUUUUUGGAAGGUGGGCAACGUUUUCUUCCGGCCCAUCAGCACCCUGGGUAUCUUUGGAUACGGGUAUACCGCAUGGGCUGCUUCAGCUCAGGAGCCAAGCAGUAGCCUCGGAGACUGGAGAGUAUAUGCUAUCUCAGCCUUGUGCCAUCUCAUCACCGUGGUGCACUCAGCCAUAAAUAUGCAGCCCAUCAACGAAAAGCUCGACGGCCUUAAGGAACCUAAGGGGCAUGUCGACACAAGAAUGGCAGAGAGCUAUGCUCGCAAAUGGAUCAAGUUCAAUACCGUGCGCCUCCUUACGCCAGUAAUCGCUGGCACACUGGCACUCUCGCAGGUCCUGAGAGGGUGAAGAGUACGAUAAUAGUUUUGGAAUAUACCAACAUAUACCUAUGGCUUUUGCGGACGGAUGAGCACAGAUUACAGGAUAUGUCAUUUGUCCCUUAACAUCCUUUUUUAAGCACAAAUUCUUUCAGUGGGGAAAGGGGAUAGUCCUGGCAACAUAGCGAAGCCCAAGGUAAUAACUCAGUUCAAGUUAUGUAUCACGCGAUCUUAUAAGAGAUGACAUAGUAGUU